CAAGGUCAGAACAUUUUGUAUUUUAAUCAGUCAGUAGGCCCCCAACAGCCGCUCUGAUUAUAGAUAGUGUGGUUGUCAUAAUUUUAAAAAUAUAUGCACAUAAUCAUGGCCUCUGCUAUGUUGAAGCUGUUAAAAUCUGAAUCUCAAGUCCUGCUGCGAAGAAACUAUAGCAGCCCCGCUCCCACAACUAAGCUGUUCAUUGAUGGCCAGUAUGUAGACUCCAAGACCACCAACUGGAUUGAACUAACCAACCCAGCCACAAACGAAGUUAUCGGAAGAGUUCCAGAGACAACAAAGGAGGAAUUAAACUCUGCCUUGGAAGCAGCGAAGAACGCCUACAAAUCAUGGAGCCAAAGUACUGUUAUGACUCGCCAGCAACUUAUGUUCAAAUUCGCUCGCCUCCUCCGCGAGAAUCAAAGCAAGUUGGCCGCGAAGAUCACACAGGAACAAGGCAAGACCACGGCUGACGCUGAAGGAGACGUGCUUCGCGGCAUUCAGCUGGUGGAGCACUGCUGUAGCAUCACGAGCCUGCAGCUGGGCGACUGCAUCCAGAACAUAGCCAAGGACAUGGACACGCACAGCUACAAGGUGCCGCUCGGUGUUGUUGCUGGAGUGGCUGCCUUCAACUUCCCCGUGAUGAUCCCUCUAUGGAUGUUCCCGGCUGCCCUUGUGACCGGCAACACUUGCCUGAUCAAGCCUUCGGAGCAGGACCCCGGAGCCACUCUCGCUAUGAUGGACCUGCUCACCGAGGCUGGAGCACCACCUGGCGUAGUCAAUGUUGUCCACGGCACGCACGACACUGUCAACUUCUUCUGCGACCACCCCGACAUUAAGGCCGUGUCUUUCGUCGGUGGGGACGCUGCGGGCAAACACAUCUACUCCAGGGCUUCUGCUGCUGGCAAGCGAGUGCAGAGCAACAUGGGAGCUAAGAACCACGGCGUGAUCAUGCCGGACGCUAACAAGGAGCACACGCUCAACCAGCUCGCCGGCGCGGCCUUCGGCGCCGCCGGGCAGCGCUGCAUGGCGCUCAGCACCGCCGUCUUCGUCGGUGAGGCGAAGGAAUGGAUCCCAGAUCUAGUGGCCCGUGCGAAGGCCUUGAAAGUGAAUGCUGGUCAUGUGCCCGGGACCGAUGUCGGACCCGUCAUCUCCCCGCGCGCUAAGGACAGGAUCUUUCGGCUGGUCGAGUCUGGAGUGAAGGAAGGCGCCAAGCUGGUACUCGACGGACGCAACGUCAAGGUUCCCGGUUUCGAGAAUGGCAACUUCGUCGGACCCACCAUCCUCACCGGCGUAACCCCAAGCAUGGAAUGCUACAAGGAAGAGAUCUUCGGCCCUGUCCUCAUCUGCCUAUUCGUAGACACCCUCGAUGAAGCCAUCCAGAUGAUCAACAAAAACCCCUAUGGCAACGGCACAGCGGUGUUCACCACCAACGGAGCGACCGCCCGCAAGUUCUCCUCAGAAAUCGACGUUGGACAAGUCGGCGUCAAUGUCCCCAUCCCUGUCCCACUGUCUAUGUUCUCUUUCUCCGGCAGUCGCGGCAGCUUCCUCGGAACGAACCACUUCUGCGGCAAGCAAGGACUUGACUUCUACACUGAACUCAAAACGGUCGUUUCUUACUGGAGACAAAGCGACGUGUCGCACACUAAAGCCGCCGUAUCGAUGCCUACUCAACAGUAAAUAAGUCUAAAUGAAUUAUGUAGUACUCAAUAGUAAACAGUUUUCGAAGUAUUUUGUUUCGGGAAAAUUGCCUAUUUAUUUUUGUAUGUAAUUUUAGAUGUAAGGAGAAAUCGUUGGCAUUUACUGCUGUUGUUCAUUGUCUUCCAUAUUAGAAUGUGUAUAUAUUUUAUUAGCAAAGGUUCAGUAGCA